CGAAUUUGUCCUUAAUAUAAAAGAAUCAGCCAGCACUGUGUUUUCAUAUAGUACCGUUUAUCAGUUGCAUCCCGCUGCAUAGUGUUUUAUUAUUAGCCCCCAAAGAUGAAAUUUCUGGUGUUAGUUUUAUUAGGAGUAGUUUCCGUAGCUGCUUAUCGAAUCAACUGGCGGCACAAAGGUAUCUCUCAUGAGGGCUGGCAUCCACAUGGAUAUCAGAGACCGUUAGAAAGACAUAAAUGGCGAUCCCACGUGCCAUGGGUGAACAUUGAAAUUUUCGAGCCGAAGGGAUUGAAGGUUUCAAUGGUGCACAAGAAACAAAUCGACACAAUGUUUGGUGUUGAGUUGUUUAUUAACACGGAUCCUCGGUUGAACGACAGCGAGUGCGAUUUGUGUCAAAAUACGACAACCAUCACGUACGGAAAGUUCAUCAUUGAGGACCGGAAUGUGAUCAUCAAAAAGAAAGAUCAGCUGAUAUAUUUUGUGCUGGUUGGAAACAGUACAAAAGUUACCCGGUUUCCAAUGCGAAAACUGACGGUCACAGGUUCACUCAUAAAAAAAUGUGAUUACGACUUAUCGAUAGAACAAGAAAACUUAAUAUCUAAUAGUAUCAAUAAACUUCACUAAGAAAUGAAGGUCAUAAUCUCAUUACUUCUUGGGAUGACAGACUCAUAAUAACAUGCUUUAAGGAUGUUUUACUUAUUAUUCCCCGUUGGAAUUUCCUGCUGCGACAUACAUACCAUUAGCAUAUGGGGAUUUUUCUAGUUAAUUGAUUGUUUUUUCAUCAUAAGUUAAGUAUUUUGUUUUGAUUCCAAAAUAUUAUUCUUAGUUGGUUUAUUGUUCACACUAAAAACUGUAACAGUUUAGCUUAGUCAAUAGGGUUAGUAAAGCAUUAUUUAACGGCAGCCAAAUUUUGUCGUGCUCAUGUAAAU